GUUUUUUGAAACGCUUACCUCCAAGCAACUGCUUUUGUACCAUGAGCUCGACUCGGACGCCAGCACCAACGCCGACGACGUACCUUGGAUCGACCAAGUCGCCAGGAAUCGGCAACAGCACCUACAAUUCGACUAGCAGCAGCAGUGGGAGUGGCACGAGCGACGCCAGUGGAGCCAUUGUCGGCCUUAUUGUCGCUCUGGUGGUCUUUCUCGUAAUCGCUCUGAUUCUGCGCAAGUCGAUCUACGUCGUGCAGCAAGCCGAAGGCAUUGUCAUUGAGCGCUUUGGCGGCUACCACAAGCUCCUCGACUCGGGCAUUCACUUUAUCGUGCCACUCAUCGACUCGCCGCGCAUGUUUUCGUGGAAGCGCGUCGUCAAGCGCAACGGCCGCAUGGAGACGCACGAUGACCAGCAGUACCGCAUUGAUUUACGCGAAAGUAUCUUUGCCUUCCCGAGUCAAGAGGUCUACACGCGGGAUACGAUUCUCCUCGACGUCAACUCGAUCAUGUUUUUUCGCAUCGUCGACGUCCGCAAGGCUGUCUACGAGAUUGACGACCUCAGCUCGGCGAUCGCCAAUGUGGCGCAGACGCAGCUCAAGGAGGUCUUCGGCAACAUGACGUUUACUGAGGCGCUGGCGUCCCAGAGCGUCAUCAACGCGCAUAUCCAGCGCACCUUUGGCGAUAGGUUUGCGCAGUGGGGUCUUGUGGUCGAGCGACUGGAAGUCGUUGACAUGCUGCCCAAGCCCGGCACCACAAUCGCUGACGCGAUGAAGCGCCAAAUGAUCGCCGAGCGCACACGCCGCGCCGAAUUCAUCCACGCCGAAGGCCGGAAAGCCGCGAUGCGCCUCAUAUCGGAAGGCACCAAGCUCAAAAAGUACAACCUCGGUGUCGCCGAGCAAGAAGCCACGCGGAAAACGUCCGAGGGCUUGGCCGGCGCCAAGGUCGAGCUCGCGCGCGCCGAGUCCAAGUCGCUCGAGCUUAUUGGCGCGGCCUUCUCAGCCGACGGGGCGUCGCAGACCGAGUACGUCAUCUCGCAGCGCUACAUGGAUAUGCUCCAAACCAUGUGCACCAAUCUCGACAAGAAGUCGCUCUUCUUCCCGUACGAAACCAAAGGUCUCUCGGGACUCAUCGGCGACCUCCGACAUGUCUACGGCUACAACAAGACGUCGGGCACGCAAGCGCGGGCGCGACGCCCAGUGCGCGCGUUUGAUGCGCUCGACUAGCGACGCGACUGGCGACAACAUUUCGCCCGGAAGUGAAUGUCGUAUGCAAAUGUAUAAGUGUAUUUUCGAA